AUGGCAUUUUGGACGACAUCAGUGUGUCGUUCCAUUCCUGGUAUUUCCAAAAAUAUAUUUGGAAAUGGUCGAUGCUUAGGCUCAUUCUCUACAAUUGGUAAAGGAAUUGUUUCUAAAGUUACAACUCAAAAACGUCUUAUUAGCGUUUCGGCGAUAGCCCGCAAUGAACUCAAUAAAGAAAAGAACGUGCCUGAUGCCAGUGCUUACCUUCGCUCUGGUCAUGUGAAAGCUAUUCAACAUGAAAAAGUAAACAAAGUUAUUGUCGUUGGCUCAGGUGGUAUCUCCAUCGGUCAAGCUGGUGAAUUCGACUACUCUGGUGCUCAGGCCAUCAAGGCUCUUCGUGAAAGCUCUGUUCACACUAUCUUGAUUAAUCCUAACAUUGCUACUAUUCAAUCCUCUCAUGAACUGGCUGAUGAAAUCUACUUCUUACCUGUUACUGCUGACUACCUCUCGCAUAUUAUUGAACGUGAACAUCCUGACGGUAUCUUGCUGACUUUCGGUGGACAAACCGCUUUGAACGUGGGUGUUCAAUUGGAUGACAUGGGUGUUUUUGAUCGUAACAAUGUCAAGGUCUUGGGUACUCCUAUCUCAACAUUGAAAACCUCGGAAGAUCGUGACCUCUUCUCUAAAGCAUUGCAUGAAAUUGAUAUUCCCAUUGCAGAAUCUACAGCAGUCGAUUCUGUCGAUCAAGCUCUUCAAGCUGCUUCUAAGGUUGGGUACCCUGUCAUUGUUCGUUCCGCCUACUCUCUUGGUGGUCUUGGUUCUGGUUUUGCCAAUAACAAAGAGGAAUUGCAAUCUUUGGCUGCCAAAUCUCUUUCCAUGACUCCUCAAAUUCUUGUUGAAAAGUCUUUGAAGGGCUGGAAAGAAGUUGAGUACGAAGUUGUUCGUGAUGCAGCCAACAACUGUAUUACUGUUUGCAACAUGGAAAACUUUGACCCUCUUGGUAUCCACACUGGUGAUUCCAUGGUUGUUGCUCCUUCUCAAACUCUCUCCGAUGAAGAGUAUCACAUGCUUCGUUCUGCUGCUAUCAAGAUCAUUCGUCACUUGGGUGUUGUUGGCGAGUGCAAUGUUCAGUAUGCCUUAAGUCCUGACAGCUUGGAGUAUCGUGUCAUUGAAGUUAAUGCUCGUCUCUCCCGUUCUUCUGCUUUGGCUUCUAAGGCUACCGGAUACCCCUUAGCCUAUACAGCCGCCAAGAUUGCUUUAGGUCACACUCUUCCCGAUUUAACCAAUGCCGUUACCAAGACUACUACUGCAAACUUUGAACCUUCUUUGGAUUACGUUGUCACCAAGAUCCCUCGUUGGGAUUUGCGCAAAUUCCAACACGUUAACCGUGAAAUCGGUUCUUCCAUGAAGAGUGUCGGUGAAGUCAUGGCUGUUGGUCGUACCUUUGAAGAAUCUCUUCAAAAAGCCUUGCGUCAAGUCGAUCCCUCAUUUUUGGGUUUCAUGGCCAUGCCCUUUAAGGAUUUGGACCAUGCUCUUUCUGUUCCCACUGAUCUUCGCUUCUUUGCUGUUGUUGAAGCCAUGCUUAAUCAAAACUAUUCCACUGAUAGAAUUCACGAGUUGACCAAGAUUGACAAGUGGUUCUUGGGUAAACUUGAAAAUAUGGCUGAAGUGUACAAGGAGCUUCAAGAAAUUGGUUCUUUAUACGGAUUGAAUAAAGAAGUUUUAACUCGCGCUAAAAAGCACGGAUUCUCUGAUUACCAGAUUUCCAAGCUCGUUGGUGCUACUGAAUUGGAAGUUCGUGCUCGUAGAAAGCGUUAUGACAUUCAUCCUUGGGUUAAGAAGAUUGAUACCUUGGCUGCUGAGUUCCCUGCCGACACCAACUACUUGUACACUACUUACAAUGGAUCUUCUCACGACGUUGAUUUCAAUGAGCACGGUACCAUGGUUCUUGGAUCCGGUGUCUAUCGUAUUGGUUCCAGUGUCGAAUUCGAUUGGUGUGGUGUCUCCUGUGCUCGUACCUUGAGAGGACUUGGACGUAGCACUAUCAUGGUUAACUACAACCCUGAGACUGUCUCUACCGAUUUUGAUGAAUGUGAACGUUUGUACUUUGAAGAACUUUCCUAUGAACGUGUUAUGGAUAUUUACGAAAUGGAAAACUCCAACGGUGUCGUUGUUAGCGUAGGUGGUCAACUUCCUCAAAAUAUUGCUUUGAGAUUACAAGAGACCGGUGCUAAUGUAUAUGGUACCGAUCCUAAGAUGAUUGAUUCUGCUGAAGAUCGUCACAAGUUUGCUCAAAUCCUUGACAAGGUUGGUGUUGAUCAACCUGCUUGGAAAGAAUUGACUUCCGUUGAAGAAGCUAGCGUGUUUGCCAACACUGUUGGAUAUCCUGUUCUUGUACGUCCUUCCUAUGUUUUGUCUGGUGCUGCCAUGAGUGUUAUUCGUGAUGAAUCCAGUUUAAAAAACAAAUUGGAGAAUGCAGCUGCUGUUUCUCCCGAUCAUCCUGUUGUUAUCACGAAGUUCAUUGAAGGGGCUCGUGAACUCGACGUUGAUGCUGUUGCUUCAAAGGGUCAGUUAUUGGUUCAUGCCGUCUCUGAACAUGUCGAGAAUGCUGGUGUUCAUUCCGGUGAUGCCACAAUUGCUCUUCCUCCUUACUCUUUGAGCACGGAUAUUAUGGAUCGCUGCAAGGAAAUUGCCAAGAAGGUUGCCAGUGCUUUCCACAUUACUGGUCCUUACAACAUGCAAAUCAUUUUGGCUGACAACGCUGAGACUGGCAUUAGUGACUUGAAGGUUAUUGAGUGUAACCUUCGUGCUUCCAGAUCUUUCCCUUUCGUUUCAAAGGCUCUUGGUGUUAACUUCAUUGACGUUGCUACCCGCGCCAUUGUUGGACAAAAUGUUCCUGCACCUUGUGACUUGAUGGCUAUCCCUCGUGAUUAUGUAUGCAUCAAGGUUCCUCAAUUCUCUUGGACUCGUUUGGCUGGUGCUGAUCCAUUCCUUGGAGUGGAAAUGAGCUCCACUGGUGAAGUCGCCUGCUUUGGCAAAGAUGUUAGAGAAGCUUAUUGGGCCGCUCUUCAAUCUGUUCAAAAUUUCAAAAUUCCUCUUCCUGGCCAAGGUAUUUUAGUGGGAGGUGACCGUCCUGAAUUAAAGGAAGUCGCUACUGAUUUGCAAAAACUUGGUUACAAGCUUUACACUGCUGAUAAGGAAGUUUCUAAGGAAUUGAACCCCACAGAAACGGAAGUGAUCGAGUUCCCUGUUGAUGACAAGCGUGCUCUUCGUGCUGUCUUUGAGAAGUAUAACGUUUCUUGUGUCUUCAAUUUGGCUUCUGCUCGUGGUAAAGAUAUUUAUGAUAAAGACUAUGUUAUGCGCAGAAAUGCCGUGGACUUUAACGUGACACUUAUUAACGAUCCUAACUGUGCCAAGUUGUUUGUCGACUCUCUUAAACAGAAGCUGCCAGAGGCUACUUCUGAACGAAAGGCCAUACCUUCUGAAGUGAAGAGAUGGAGUGAUUGGAUUGGUAGCCAUGAUCUCUAG